UGGGCGGUCCCUGGAAAGAAUGUAUACAGAAUAGUCCCUGGAUGAGAAAUUCCAAUUUAUGCCCUGUUAGGUUCACACGCAGUCCGCUACAGAUGCUAAAUGCCUAUUUUGUACGAGCGCAGUGUCAGGCGGCAGGGGGCAGAAAAGGAACAAAAAUCGUAUUCCUUUUGAGCUUUCGUUUCCUUCUGGGACCCUGUUUGAGUACGAUCUGGAAGAAUGGGAAGGGGGUAGUUUCCUUAGGACCAUCUAGAGGGCUGAAGGGAGCCGCGGUUGGAGAUCCUAGCGGAGAAACGCUGGAGUUGGAGGAUCUUUUGGAACAACUUCCACCGUACCUGCGGGACCUGUCUAGCAAUGAUGACAACGUGCUGGUGUGGAACAUGCUCCUGCUGCCUGUUGUGGUGUAUGUUAAAGGCCUCUGGACCAAUUCCUUCAAGUCCAGUCAGAGCAAUGAACACAACAACAGAAACUUUGGACUUAAGAGGACAUCUCUCCUUCAAACCGGUAGCUACCAAGUCCACCAAAGAAGAUGAAGCAGACAAACAGUAUCAAAAACAGGCAAGGCUCAGUUGGUGCUUAUGAUGGCCUGAGUUCAACCCUCAGCGCCCAUGGAAACAAUCAGGCGUAAUGCUAGGAGCUUGUCAUCCGCCAGUUUUUUUAAAAUCUAGCUUAUUUCAGUUAUCGUGAUGUCUUCAAUAUUACUCCAAGUUGUAGCAUGUAUUAAGUGUCUCUAGCAUGUAUUAUGUGUCUCUAGUAUGUAUUAUGUGUCUCUAGCUUGUAUUAAGUGUCUCUAGUGUGUAUUAUGUGUCUCUAGCAUGUAUUAAGUAUCUCUAGCAUGUAUUAUGUGUCUCUAGCAUGUAUUAUGUGUCUCUAGAAUGUAUUAUGUGUCUCUAGAAUGUAUUAUGUGUCUCUAGCAUGUAUUAUGUGUCUCUAUCAUGUAUUAAGUGCCCCUAGCAUGUAUUAUGUGUCUCUAUCAUGUAUUAAGUGCCCCUAGCAUGUAUUAUGUGUCUCUAUCAUGUAUUAAGUGCCCCUAGCAUGUAUUAUGUGUCUCUAGCAUGUAUUAAGUGCCCCUAGCAUGUAUUAUGUGCCCCUAGCAUGUAUUAAGUGCCCCUAGCAUGUAUUAUGUGUCUCUAGCAUGUAUUAAGUGCCUCUAGCAUGUAUUAUGUGUCUCUAGAAUGUAUUAUGUGUCUCUAGCAUGUAUUAAGUGACCCUAGCAUGUAUUAUGUGUCUCUAUUAUUUGUCUUCUUCAGCUGUAUAGGAAAAUGUAACCAUGAAAUUUGCAGGCAAAUGGAUAGACCUGGAAAGUGGGGCCACUCAAAGCAAACCAAGCCAACCAGAAUGUUCUUUCUCACAUGCAGAUCCUGGUCUAUAGUGUCUUCAUGCAAACAGCUAUAGGGUGAGCACAGUGUGACAUUUGAAAGGAGACCAAGAGCAGGUGGUAUUAGGCGAUGAAGACGGACAGGGUGGACAGGGUGCAGGUAGAAGGACACAGGAGUCAUGGCGGAGGAUAUAAAACUGAUGGUUUUCCAGUUUCAACCCUGUUGUAGUUUUCCUUUUGUGUCUCUGCUGAGUGUAAGAAUGUAACCGAAAGUGAAUGUGUAAAUCCCUAAUCAUUUGCUGUCGCUGGGAGGCCUGCUCUGUUCUGAAGGGAAGCAGGAGGAGGACCCCACGACUGGGAAGGGUGGAGGGAGGGAGGGGAGGCUUUGGUCAGAAUGGAUUAUAUGAGAGAAGAAUAAAUUAAAACAAAACAGAAAACCUAAGGGAAGUUGCAUGGUUCAGAAAGGUUGCUCUAGCUGUGAAGUUCAUUGAGAUGUAUGGAGUUUGGGACUGGACAAACGUUUAUGUGAGUGGCUACCUUAACUCCGUGAUAUUUUUAUUUGUGACUUCAUUAGGUUAAAGUGAUUUUAUUAAAAAAAAAAUUCUUCUGGGUGGUGGUGGCACACGCCUUUAGUCCCAGCACUCUGAAGGCAGAGGCAGGCGGAUCUCUGUGAGCUCGAGGCUAGCUUGGUCUACAUAGUGAUUUGCAGUACAGCAAAGACUACACAGAGAGAGCCUGUCUUGAAAAACAAAACAACAACAACAACAAAAGAUUCUUGGGGAGCCCUAGAGAAAUGGUUCAGAAGUUAAGAGCACUGGCCCACAACUGUCUAUAACUCCAAUCUCAGGAGAGUCAACGCCUUCUGACUUCUAUGCGGGCACUCACACACAUAAAAUAAGGAAAUCUAAAAAAAAAAAAAAAAAAAUUCUUUGAGGAAUAUCUCCCAAAGUGGAACUGAUGGCUCCCAUUUUGAUUUUUGGAGAACUGCUUUCUGGUUUUCCAUAGCAUCUGCACCAUUUUCAAUUAGUAACUUCGUUCUUCAACCAUUUCACACACACACUCACACACUCUGCUCUCAUGGCCGCCUCUUCUCCAUCCUGGGCAUCUCCUUCUCACGUGUCUGUCUGUUUUCUGUCCCAUUUUUCAGUUGAGGAAACUGAGGUUCAGGGACGGGAGGUGGCUCACACAGGACAACAGGGUGAAACCCAGGGUCAGAUUUUUUUGUCCAAUGGUCUUAUGUAAGUCUGUCCUUCCUCUCAUUUCUAAGGCAGUUGCCAAACGCUCAUAUCUUCCUGGGAGCAGAAUAGAGAAACCCGGGAUCCAGGGAUGGGAAAGGGAGGGAACCAGAUCAAAGCCCUUGGAGAAAAUCCAUCUUUCAGGGGGUUGCAUCAUCAGAACAGAACUCAGUGUCUUCUCU